GCCCAGGAGGGCGGGGCCCAGCAGAGGCCCCCUGCCGAGAGGAGGGGGUGAGGGGGCCCGGCCAAGAGCUUAAAGCCGACUGCAGGGAGGCCCUACCCAGACCCGCCUCACUGCCUCAACUCCGAGGGUCUCCGAGCUCACCGAGCUUCUUCCCAGAAACUUCGCAGCCCCGCUCAGCCCCUAACGCUCAGCGCGCGGGCCCGAAGAAGCCCAGUCUACGCGUUCUGGCUAAGUCGCCGCGGGCUCCCGGGAGUAGCCCGCCCGGGCUGAACAGGAGCGCGGGUGAGGGCGCGGGGCAGGCGGACGGGACCCCGCCCGGGCCGCGCUGGGGAGGACCGUUGGCGCGGCAUUAGGACCCAGGCGCGGCACAGGCUUGUGUCACCGGCUCCAGCCGCCGGCCCGCCCUGGACGCCGAGGUUGCGGUCGUUCCCGCGGCACCUGGUGAGGAGCCAGGGCGUGCGCACUGGUGUGCAGCCGUCCCGCGGCUGAUCACUGGGGCCAUGGCCGCGGCCACCAGGCGCGUGUUCCAUCUCCAGCCAUGCGGUGGGUGCCUGCGGCUGGAAGGGCGUCCGGUCUCCGUCGCAGAGGCGUGCUAAGCUGGGACGCGGAGCCGUCGAGGCGCUGGGGGGAAUGCGGACGCCGCCGGCCUGCACCGGCCCCCGGCGUGGUGGGCGAGAGGGUCGUGGGGGCUUCCCAACAGGGACGGGGGUGCCCGGGGUGAGUUCAGCCACGAGGGAGUGGGAGCCCGGGUGGGUACGCGGGUGGCUGGGGGAAGCCCAGGACGACUUCGUGGGCACUGCGCGCUUGACUUAACACCGUUUUGAAACUCUUAACAGUUUUUCAGCCUACGAGGUAGCUGGUGGAGGGGUGGGGGGCUUGCAAAUGGCGGGGCGGAGUUUCGGGGUCCCUAGCACCUGGAGCGCCAGGGUCUUCGCAGCCGGGCGUGCAGCCACCUCGGAAAGCCUCACUUUACGUUCUACCCGACACCUUUCCCGCCCCUGGCGCAGCGCGGCAGCCUGCCCACUCUUAGGGAUCCUUGGGCCUCUGACUGUCCCCUGCGCGGCCGCAGCAGUCUCUCCGUCGCCGCUCUGACGCCCGGGGUUUAUACGGCCAUCUAUUUACGUGCACUUGAACCGCCCCGCAUGGGAGUAGCAUCCCCACCCUUCCAUACCAUCGUCAUCCUCGUCCUUUGUCCAUCCCUGCAGCCUCUGGUGCUAGCUUUACUGACUCCGCCCCUCCCUUCUAUGCCGCCCGGGCUCCCGCCCCGGGAGUCCGUCCGCAUCCUGCCCCCCGACCCCCAGGGUCUCCGAGUCUGGAGCCGCUUUCCUCUCGUGCACGCGGCCCUUCCUGUCGCUUCCUUCCUCACACAGCGAGGCACAAACAGUCCGGACCAUCCAUCCGGGGCCCAGCGCUGAAAGCGCGGACAGCUCUCUUCCUCCCCCACCACCCGCCCCCCACCCCGCGGCAUCUCCCAAGAGGACCAACGGCUCCGCCUCCCAGGAGAAAGUGGGUGGUGCUGAGGGCAGGAGACCGUUGCCGGGUCGCCCCAGUGUGACCCCUGGCGCGUGCGGUUGGGGGCAACUACACGUGUGAUGGGUGUUGAUGGCACCAGGGACCGACGUGAGAGUGAGAGCCGAAAUGUGCUGGAAGAGCCCCAGCCCAGUUACUGGGCUUGGCAGCGAAGGCUUGAGAGAGGGAGGCCGGCUUCCACAGGGAAGGUGGCCAGACGGGUCUCCUCCCUCCAGACUCCUGCAACAAGCGAAUCCUUCCUUCCUUCACCGGCUACUGUUAAUUACUCCUGGAGAAAACAUGCUGAAAACAUCUCCCUGUCUGCCUCGGUCCUUUCCCACCUGGGCAGCCCCUAGCAGAUGGGCUGAAGAAUAACAGGCCUGGCUUCCUCUGGCUCCUCAAGGAGCCCCUGUCUUGUACUGUCCCCUGCUCCUUUUUCUCCCAGGGUCUCUGGGAAGGAAAACUCUUCUAUCAUGUCGCAGAAUGGAUACUUUGAGGAUGCAGGUGAGUACAUUUCAGGUAUGGGUGUGUGUAUAUAGAGAGCUCCUUGGUCAAAAGUCUCUAGGGGACCUAGUCCAUCCACCUGGGUACUUAUGGUCCUCUGCUGGUGCUGGGAUGCCUUUGGAUUCUACCCUCCAGAAGGUUGUGAUGUGGUCAGAGGGGCAGCUGACACUGCCCUGGACUCUGGCAGAUCUCUGGUGGUCCUGUGGUCCUGGGAGGGCAGGCUGCUCCCAUCCUGCACUAUGUGGACCAUCUGAUAGCCCAUGGUUUUGCUGUUACAAUGCUCUGGUUGUCUGACCAGCUUAUAGGCUAAGUGUUGUGUGUGCCCACAUUCCUCAGACCCCGCCCAGCCCUGUGAGGGAGGGGCUGCCAUUGUCCCUCUAAAGAAUUGUAACCUCUCUGCACCUCAGCUUUCCCUGCUUGCACCAGCCUAGCUCUCUCCCUCCCCUUAUCUCUGGGCUGGCUCUGGGCUGCCUCUCCUGAGACCAGAUUCGGGAGCUGGCCUCAGAGGGGUGUUUAGUGGGACAGUGCUUGGACACAGUGGUGAUGUGCUCCUACCCAGGGUCCCCAGGGCAUGGUGACUGCAUGUGCCAGGCUACUGGUGGGCAGGUUAGGUAUGUGAUUGGGCUGUAGGGUGGAGAUAGGGCACACAUGGCAUCCCAGGAGCCUUGCAGGGAGCUGGUAGUGUCUGCUGGCUAGGUCCUAGAUAGAGUCCAGGAUAGGGGAGAAGACGGACAGUGUGAGAGGCAUGCCGGGGAAUAGUGGGUGCUGGUGGGGGUGACAGAAGGGAGGUUGGGACAGUUUGGGGCUGGGGAACCAAGCAUUCUAAGCAAAGCAGGUCUAGAAUUGGGGAGGAAGGUGUUUUUCAUGGACGUGAGCUCCAUGACAAAUGGGGGAAUGACAUCUUUUGACUUAAUAGUUCUUCUCUGGGCUCUGGGUGCAGUGCAGACCUGGAGUUAGGGAUCACCAGUCCAUGAUGGCCUUGACAGUGGAGGCCUAGUGCCUCCUACCCAGAAAGGGCCCAGGCUGAGCACAGGACAUUGGGGGAACAGGGCCUGGGAUGUGCAGAGGAAACCAGUGGGAGGGAGUGGAAGUGAGUCAGGGUGAGUCACUGCCUGGCAGGUGGAGGCAUGCUGCUGACCCGUCCCUGUUCCUGCACAGGUGUUUUUCAGGCAUUGGUGGGGUCUCAGCUACAAGGGCUCCUGGGUGAAUCACAAGUGGUGGACCACAGGGGACCUACAGGACAGUGAGGAAGAGGUGUCAGCUGGGCCAAGAGUAAGGCAGGGAGGGCCCUAGGUGGACUUGCCAGAGAAGAAAGGGUCUGUCAAGCCUUGAAGAAGGCCCUCCAGGGAGGGAAGCCCUCAGCUUGGAGGACAGGAGCUGGCAUGCCUGGGGUGCUGGCCGCCUGGCCUAAGGAGUGAGAGAUUGAGGUGGGUGGUGUGGGACUGGGCCUGAGGGGCCAGGGGUAGCAGGUCUGGCUCAGGCUGUCAUCCCAGAGGCUGUGGGGAGCCCCAGCAGGACUCAGGGCAGAUUGGAACUUUUUCAUGUCAUCAGGAAGGCUUCCUAUAGGAGGGGGCCUGUGUUGGGGGUCAGUUGCAGGAACUGAGAGGCAGACCAAAAGAAAGGGGCAGCAUGUUCUGUGCUCUGGAGUCCCAAGGUACCAUAACAUGCCCCUCGCCCACCAUGGGUGGAGGCCUGAGAUGAGGCCUCCUCUGGGGUCCUGUCACCUCCGUCUCUGGCUCUGUUUGUCUGGCUCUCUUGCUUCCUGGGCCUUGUCUGAUGUUGGACUAAGGUCUCUCAGCCCUGAUGCUUUGCCCCACAUGCCCUCCCUGUGCCAAUGAGGUCCAGAUACUGCAGGGCUCUGGCUUUCCUUGAGUCGUUUCUGGGGAGCCAGACAGGUCCAGGUCCCACAGCCUGGAGGUUCUGAGAAGGCAGGGGCCAGUCAGUCUUAACUACAUCAUUGUACCAUGUACCUGGCUCAGUGUCUGUGGAAUGAACAUGUUCUUUCUCUAGCUAAAGGAUAUGUGUGGCACAGAACAGUGCAGGGUUCCCGCUGCUGGAGAAUGUUGGAGAAAACCAUUGGGUGGGGGGUGCCAGCUGGCUGCCAUACUCAGGGAGCUGGGCCAGGACCAGAUAUUGGGCCUAGCUGAGGCUUCCUUCCUAGCCUGCUAGAGGCCUCCCUUACCACUCACCGAGAUUGCACCAAGUGGGACAGCCCAGGGGCCCCCGCUCCUUUGGCUUGGAGCCCCUUUGUCCUGUGUGUAGCCAGGCCCUCUUGGGGGGGUCUCUCUUGGUGGUGGUUGGGGCUCCAGGCUACCUCAAGUGUGACGCGGAUGAUGCCUCUGAAACCCGUGAGGAGAGCCUGGGGGAUGAGGCCUUCGACACGGUCAACUCCUCCAUUGUGUCUGGCGAGAGCAUCCGCUUCUUUGUCAACGUCAACCUCGAGGUGCAGCCCACCCAGUCCGGUAUGGGGGUUGUAGCAGGGACGGGUCGGGGGAGGCACGCAGGGGACUGGGGACUGGGCAGAUACGGCCCCGCUCCACCAAGAGAGACCUGAAGGGCUGGGGCUGCCCCCUGAGCCCUCCCGCUUUCCUCCAGCAGAGAGUGAAUCGCCUGGAGGCUACGGUCUCCUACACACCUCCCGCAAGUACCUGAAGUUAAAGAACUUUGAGGAAGAGAUCCGGGCGCACCGGGACCUAGACGGCUUCUUGGCACGGGCCAGCAUCAUCCUGAACGAGACAGCCACCUCCCUGGAUGACGUGCUACGGGCCAUGCUGUGCCGCUUAGCCCAAGACUCCCACAACACUGAGCCCGACUGCAACUUGGACCUGCUCAUGGCCAUGCUUUUCACUGAUGCCGGGGCCCCCAUGGAGGGUAAAGCAGUUCACCUACUGUCAGAUACAAUCCAAGGGGUCACUGCUACAGUAACGGGGGUGCAAUACCAGCAGUCGUGGCUCUGCAUCAUCUGUACCUCCAAGGCUCUGCUGAAGCGGCACGUGUGCAUCAGCCGCCUGGUUCGCCCGCAGAACUGGGGGGAGAAUUCCUGUGAGGUGCGGUUUGUCAUCCUAGUGCUGGCCCCACCCAAGAUGAAAAGCACCAAGACAGCGACGGAGGUGGGACGCACGUUUGCCACGAUGUUCUUAGACAUCACCUUCCGCCAAAAGCUCCUGAAGACCCGCACGGAGGAGGAAUUCAAGGAGGCCCUGGUACAUCAGAGACAGCUGCUCACCAUAAUGAGCCACUGUCCGAGCAUCAGCACGAAGGACUACAGCAUGAGCUCCAUCUGCACCCACAGACCCCCACAGCCCCUACGGCACAAGGACUUUCUCCCCAUCGGGAGGGGCAUCCGGGAGGACAUCGCCCGCAGAUUCCCUGUGUACCCGCUGGACUUCACUGAUGGCAUUAUCGGGAAAAACAAAGCUGUGGGCAAAUACAUCACCACCACCCUGUUCCUCUACUUUGCCUGCCUCCUGCCCACGAUCGCUUUUGGGUCCCUCAACGAUGAGAACACGAACGGGGCCAUUGAUGUACAGAAGACCAUAGCUGGGCAGAGCAUUGGAGGCCUCUUGUAUGCACUCUUCUCCGGGCAGCCGCUGGUGGUGCUGCUGACGACUGCACCCCUGGCCCUCUACAUCCACGUGAUCCGUGGCAUCUGUGAUGACUACAAUCUGGACUUCAGUACCUUCUAUGCAUGGACAGGCCUGUGGAACAGUUUCUUCCUCGCGCUUUAUGCCCUCUUCAACCUCAGCCUGGUCAUGAGUCUCUUCAAGAGGUCAACGGAGGAGAUCAUUGCUUUGUUCAUUUCCAUCACAUUCGUGCUGGAUGCUGUCAAGGGCAUGGUCAAAAUCUUCCAGAAGUACUACUGUGGCCACAACCACGGGAACUACUACGAAGAUAGGUCUUCCCCGGUGAGCCUGCUGGGCCUCAGCCCCAGCCUCAACAGCAGCCUCCACGCUGCCCUCAACACCAGCCUCCUGGCCGGCCCACCAGAGCUGACUUCAGUGGGCAGCCAGGGCCCCGAGGCCCUGGCCCGGGACACAGCUGUGCUCAGCCUCCUCAUCAUGUUGGGGACACUCUGGCUGGGCUACACCCUCUACCAGUUCAAGAAGAGCCCCUACCUGCACCCCUACAUGCGUGAGAUCCUGUCAGACUGUGCCUUGCCCAUCUCAGUGCUUACCUUCUCCCUCAUCUCUUCCUACGGCUUCCAGGAGAUUAAGAUGAGCAAGUUCCGCUACAACCCAAGCAAGAGCCUGUUCGAGAUGGCCGAGAUGCACUCACUAUCCCUGGUGGCCGUCAGCGGCGCCAUGGGCCUCGGCUUCCUCCUCUCCAUGCUCUUCUUCAUCGAGCAGAACCUGGUGGCUGCCUUGGCUAAUGCCCCGGAGAACAGGCUGGUAAAGGGCACUGCCUACCACUGGGACCUCCUGCUCAUCGCCAUCAUCAACACCGGGCUGUCUCUGUUUGGGCUGCCCUGGAUCCACGCUGCCUACCCCCACUCCCCGUUGCACGUGCGGGCACUAGCUUUGGUGGAGGAGCGUGUGGAGAAUGGGCACAUUUACGAGACGAUUGUGAGUGUGAAGGAGACGCGGUUGACCUCCCUGGGCGCCAGCAUCCUGGUGGGCUUCUCCCUCCUGCUGCUGCCCUUCCCACUACAAUGGAUCCCCAAGCCUGUGCUCUACGGCCUCUUUCUCUACAUCGCGCUCACCUCCAUCGACGGCAGCCAGCUGUUUGCACGCAUGGUCCUGCUGCUCAAGGACCAAACCUCGUACCCACCCACCCACUACAUCCGGAGGGUGCCCCAGAGGAAGAUCCACUACUUCACAGGCCUGCAGGUCCUGCAGCUGCUGCUGCUCUGUGCCUUUGGCAUGAGCACCCUGCCCUACAUGAAGAUGAUCUUUCCCCUCAUCAUGAUCGCCAUGAUCCCCAUCCGCUACAACCUGCUGCCCCAAAUCAUUGAAGCCAAGUACCUGGACGCCAUGGACGCUGAGCACUGAGGUCCUGACUACCAGGCCCUGGCCACACCCCAUUCGCCCAUCCCUCUGGGUCUUCCCAGGCUGGCUCUGUGGCUGUGUGUGGGUAUCUUGGGGUGCUGCUCUGUACUGCACCCCCUCACAGCUGUCCCAACUGGCUUAGGGUGUCUGGGCAUUGAGGGGGCUCCAAGGUGUGUGUCUGCUCCUCUUCCCAUUAGCCUUUUGCUUUGGGUCUGGAACUCUGCUCAGGGCAGCUUCUGCCCAGGGUGGGACUAAGCAGGACGGAUUUUCUUUUGAUAAAAGAGCCUGAAAGAGAAACCAUUUCCUUGAUUGUGUAAGGAACUUGCUGUAUGCACAUUAGAGAAUAAAGCUCCUGUUUCUAUGCUUCUA